AUGGAUAGCCGCUGGAAGAGAGAGGCUCUUUCUGAGGUAUUAACAGAGUUACUAUUACCGACAGCGUUCCGCAUUGUAUUCACAUUUAUUAAUGUUGAGCUGACGUAUCAUACCAGUAAGAAUGCUAUAUUGAAUGGUACUAAGGCUAUCCGCGGAGGGAUACCAUUGGUAUUUCCUCAAUUUGGCAAAGCAGAAGACAGCUCCGCUCCAACAGCUGCCCUUCCUCAACAUGGCUUUGCACGAAAUUCAAAGUGGGAAUUCUUGGAGGGGAAAGAUGAUGAUAAUGAAGUGACGGGAAUUUUUACCUUAUCUCCGUCAUCAGUACCAUCGGAAUUGUAUCAGAAGUGGCCAUUCCCGUUCAAGCUGUUGUAUACAGUCAUCCUUCGUCCACAAUCACUUUCCACUUUUAUAUCUGAUAUCUCAAAACUCAAAAUCCAUAACUUGACAAAUAAUGUUUUCACUGAUAAAGUAGCCAAUGGAGCACGUGACACGGAAACAAGAGAAGUCAUCACCGUCAACGGAGAAGUCGACAGGGUGUAUGAAGACGUUAUUACCGAAGAUGUGCUUGUCUAUUGUGGAGACGAGUCCGGAAUCAGAAUAAAGAGAGUUGGAGUAAAUGAUGUCGUUGUCUGGAAUCCCUGGUUAGCCAAAGCGGCGGCUAUGUCUGAUUUUGGAGAUGAUGAAUAUAAAGAAAUGAUUUGCGUCGAACUUGGUAAUGUAUCCAAGUACGUUCGGCUUGCACCGGGUGAGACGUGGGAAGGUGGACAGGAAUUAAGCGUCAUUUAA